AUGUUGGUUACGAAACAAGCCACAUACAACACAACAACAACAAGCAGCCAUAAUUCUCUCGAAUAUAUCCCAUCCAGAGCUCGCAGCACCUAUUCAUCAAUGACCCAUCCCGAACCAAAGAUAAACCUCAAGACCAUAACUGCACAUCAAGUGCUGUCGCACAGAGAACGCAUGUGCGAAUUAUUCCAACUCUUGGAUGACCAUAAAAGACACGACUUGGUCGUAGGGACUAACGAACGCCGUGAAAAGAAGUUGGAAGCAUUCAAGAAGAGACGUGAUGAAUUGCGUACCGAGUUACAGACGAAAUAG